AUGGCGAAGGAGAAAGACAACGCAGAAGCUGUGGUAGGCGAGAUCCAGAAGAAGAUCAAAGAUGCUUUUGAAGUUUUUGACCAUGAAACUAAUAACACUGUGGAUGUCGGGGAGAUUGGUAAAAUUAUCCGGUCACUGGGGCGUUGCCCAAGUGAAGAAGAAUUACAUGACCUAAUUGCAGAGGUAGAAGAAGACGAGCCAACUGGAUAUAGCCACUUGGAAAAAUUUAUUCCUAUGAUGACCAAAGUAUUGAUGGAAAAGAGAUAUAGGCUGAUUCCAGAAGAUGUCCUUCUUUGUGCAUUUGAGAUCUUAGACCCGAGUAAACAGGGGCACCUGACUAAAGAAGAGCUUGUCAAGUUCAUGACCGAAGAAGGCGAGCCUUUCACACAAGAGGAAAUGGAGGAGAUGCUGUCUGCUGCUGUGGAUCCAGAAUCAAACAUCAUUAAUUGCAGAGACUAUCUAGCGAUGAUGGUGGUAGAGGACAAUUAAAGUGUCACAAAAUACAUUGGGCCACCUCUAA